AUGCAAUUGAAUACACUUGUAAACCAAUCACCACCAAUAUUACCUGCAACCACAAUAUCAACAAACACGGCUGCGCCUGUUGCUAACAAAAUAAGUUUGCCACCAAUAUCGGACAUCUUGCGUCAGCCACCAUUAAUACCACAGCAACAAUCACCACAACAACAACCACAACAACAACCACAACAACAACCACAUCCACAUCCACAUCCACAACAGCCUAUUCCCCAUCAAGUCGUGCAGGCACGCGAACAGCUCCCUAGAGCUCCAUAUCAACAGAUUCCAUCCAUACAACAAAUCACUAGACCAACCCUUCCACUUCACCAACAACAACAACCACAGCAACAACAACCACAAUUAGUGACAGUCCCUUCACAGUCCCUUCCACCUCUUAACCAAAACUACUAUUACACCAACGAUCCACGCGCCCAUGCCGUGCGGUUAACCAGCCCAUUAGGUUCACCAUUAUCACAAACUGCUUCACCCAUCUUCUACGGUGUAGCCACACCUUCCGUUGGACAAAUACACCCACGCGCAAAUUCAUAUCCUAUUGCUGGUCAUCAUCCCCCACCCGGUCUCCAACAUGCAGGAAUCAUGAGACAUAAUUCAUAUCCCAUCAGAAGUCAUGAUCAAGGGGGAUUGGAUAGUCCUCCCACGAAACGCAAAACGAGAAAUAAUCUUCCCAAAGAAAUAACGUAUAUUUUACUUAAAUGGUUGAAUGAUCAUUUGAAUCAUCCAUAUCCAAAUUCAUUUGAGAAGAAUCAAUUGAUGAUGGCUACUGGGUUGAAUCAACAACAAUUGAGUAAUUGGUUUAUCAAUGCUCGUAGGAGAAAGAUUAAACUGUUGAAAGAACAAAAGAAGUUGAAUUUGGUUUAA